CCACUCCCUCUCUCCUUGGCUGCCCCAGACACAUCUUCCACUGGCGUCCACCGCGAGGGACAUGGCGAGGCUCAGCUGGGGGUACGGCGAGCACAACGGUCCUAUUCAUUGGAAUAAAUUUUUCCCCAUUGCUGAUGGUGAUCAGCAAUCUCCAAUUGAGAUUAAAACCAAAGAAGUGAAGUAUGAUUCCUCGCUUCGACCUCUGAGUAUCAAGUAUGACCCCACCUCAGCUAAAAUCAUCAGCAAUAGUGGUCAUUCCUUCAACGUUGACUUUGAUGACACGGAGGACAAAUCAGUUCUGCGUGGGGGUCCUCUCACUGGAAACUAUAGGUUACGACAGUUCCAUCUUCACUGGGGGUCCAAUGAUGAUCAUGGCUCGGAGCAUGUGGUGGACGGCAUGAGGUAUGCUGCAGAGCUUCAUGUUGUCCAUUGGAAUUCAGACAAAUACCCCAGCUUUGUAGAGGCAGCUCAUGCGCCAGAUGGACUAGCUGUCCUGGGAGUGUUUUUAAAGACUGGUGAACACAACCCUCAGCUACAAAAGGUUACUGACAUUUUGGAUUCUAUUAAAGAAAAGGGUAAGCAAACUCGAUUCACAAAUUUUGACCCAUUAUCUCUACUUCCAUCCUCCUGGGACUACUGGACAUAUCCUGGUUCUCUGACAGUUCCACCUCUUCUCGAAAGCGUCACAUGGAUUGUUUUAAAACAACCAAUAAACAUCAGCUCUCAACAGCUGGCCAAAUUCCGAAGCCUUCAGUGCAGCAGGGAGGGUGAAGCAGCCGCCUUUCUGUUGAGCAAUCACCGUCCACCACAGCCCCUGAAGGGCCGCAGAGUGAGAGCCUCUUUCCAUUGACUGUGGGUGCCAGCGAGUUGCUGCAGAAAUGGCUGUGGAAAGGCAGCAAACAAAAUACAACACAAAAAGCCUUAUUAACUCUUCUUUCCUAGGUUUGUAAUGAUGGAUGCCACUUGACUCUGCAUCACAAGGCAAAUCAGAUGUCUUUUAAGUAAACCAAACUAGUUCAUCUGUCCCAGAUUUGCCCCCAUGGUCAUUCAGGUGUUCAACAGUAUUUGAAGUUUAUUAAAACAAUACAUCUGCUUCAACCUUCAUCAACAUGUAGCUGACUUUAGGAGCCCCAGGGUGGACUAAAAUCUCUACCUUGACAGACUCACUCCACCUCACCUCUCCACAAUGUUUGCUGCAAAGCUUAACUUCAUUUCCAGAAUGAUUUGAUAUAAUUUCCAGAUUGGGAUAACUUUUGCUAAAGAACUGGUUUCUUUUUCAUGUUGUGAGACUUGUUCAAAUUUAUCAGAAGUAGGCAUUUCCUUUUAAAGUGGAUUUCUUCUACAAUUAUACUGCUUAUUGUCAUGAGAUAAUUUGGAUGCGAUUCAGAAUAGGAGAGUUAUGGCGAUGUGGAGUAGAGUUGCUUUGUGUAUUAACAACUUGUACCAUACAUCACAUUCACUUGGUAGUGUUGAUGAUGAGCUGUCUAAUAAAGUACUGGAUAAUACCAAAUUAUAGCAUUAACUAACAGACUACACAUUACGGACUAAACAAAGCUGCUCAUGACUGUGAUGAAUGGUUGCCUUCUUUUGCCCUGUGUUUUGACAACAAAUCAGGGAACAAUCCUGUAUGGGUCAACUUUUCAUCCAUUGGUGAAAAUAAAAAAAAAUUACUUCAGUCUCCUAUAAAUACACUCUUGUACAUAAACCCUUUGUCCUAACUGAUUGAAUGGCUUAGCUGGCUGUCAUCUCAGGAGACAGAGAUCUGGAGGAUCACCGUUUGAGGCAAACCCCUGCAAAAAGUUAUUAAAAGCCCCCAUCCUAAGAAAUAAGCUCAGAGUCAUGGUUCCAGUCACACAAGAGGCUACAGGUAGGAGCAUUAUAGUCUGAGGCAGGCCCUGGGUAAAUGCAUAAGACUGUACCUGAAAAAUAACAAAAGUGGAAAAAAGAGUUGGGACGAUAGCCUGCCAGUGAAUGAAAGGACAUGCGUUCAAACCCCCACUACUACCUAAAUACUCACCCUUUACCACGGCAGAUUUCAUAUUUCUUCAAUACAUGUUCCUUGGUCUCUUAAGAGA